UUCAUUGGUUGGUCAUAGAUUAAAAUUACAAUAAUCUACCAAUAAUCGGCCCAUCGCUCAAGUCUUGUACUGUGAUAAGUCUGUUGUACGGUGGCAGUGGACGGUCUGAUGUGCAUCUAAGUGAAAUAAAAUAAAUUAACAACAUGCAAAUCAAAGAAUACCGAGUUACUCUUCCUCUAUCAGUAGAAGAGUACCAAGUCGCCCAGUUAUACUGCGUGGCGGAGGUGUCCAAAAAUGAAAGCGGCGGCGGAGAAGGCGUAGAAGUUAUAAAGAAUGAGCCCUUCAAAGACCAUCCACUUCUUGGUGGCAAAUAUGCAUCCGGCCAGUACACAUACAAGAUCUACCAUCUGGCGUCUAAGGUGCCGGCAUACAUCCGGUUGCUGGCGCCCAAAGGCGCGCUCGUCAUCCACGAGGAGGCCUGGAACGCGUACCCUUACUGCCGGACUAUUCUCACAAACCCUGACUACAUGAAAGACAACUUCACUAUCUGCGUAGAGUCCCUGCAUUUACCAGAUGCGGGCGAUCAACACAAUGUACACGAGUUAUCCCCAGAGAAGCUAAAGAACCGGGAAGUGAUACACAUCGAUAUUGCCAACGACCCAAUCCCGGCAUCGGACUACAAGCCCGAGACCGACCCCACUAAGUUCAAGUCGAAGAAGACCGGCCGCGGCCCCUUAGUCGGCAACAACUGGAAGAAGGAAGCCCAACCUGUUAUGACCUGCUACAAGCUUGUGACGGCCGAGUUCAAGUGGUUUGGACUACAGAGUAAAGUAGAAAAUGUCAUCUUGAAAUCAGAACGGCGGUUGUUCACCAUAUUCCAUAGGGAAGUAUUCUGCUCCAUGGACAAUUGGUACGGCAUGACGAUGGCCGACAUUCGCGCUAUUGAAGAACGUACUAAGGAGGAACUGGAGAAGCUCCGCCGUGAAGGGGAGGUGCGCGGAAUGCGUGCCGAGAACGAGUAAGCGGCUAAUAUAUUGGUACAAACGCGGUUGUAGUAGACCACACGAUAUCUCAAGUUACUUCCUAGACAUGUCAUCUUUGCAUUCUUUUGACAGCUCUAAAAAAUAUUGCUUCCACACUACACACCAAUGGUAUAAAAGGUAAAACAAUUUUAGAUAUGUCAGAUUCAAUUAAUGUUCGAAAUAUAUCGACGUGGAUUAUUUGACUAUCAAUUUCUUUAACAGAUCUAAGAAUAAAAAGUAUUGUCAUCCCUUUCACACUCGAAGAGUAUAAAAGGGAAGCAAUUAGUGUAGGAAUAAAUAUCGACGUGGAUUAUUAGACUUUCGUUUCUCUUGACAGAUCUAAAAAGUAUUUCCAUCCCUUUCACACUCCUAUUGUAUAAAAGGGAAUGCAAUGUUUUUUAGAUUAGGUUAAAUUUGGUGUCUCAGAGUCGGAACCUUUAAAGGAUGGCUUACGUUAUACUUUAAGUAAGUUGGUUACAAGUCUAAAAUUUAGACAUGACUUUCCUUGGUUUUUGAGCCCACGUUUACCGACCAUUAUAAGCUGAGCCCUUUCCGUUUUAACUUGAAAGUCAAACUAACCUGUGUGAAGUUAGAAAUCUUAUGCAAAUUUGCAAACAAGUAACUUGUUUUUGUUUAAUAUCAUGACACGAAAUUUUACUCUGAAGAUCAGGCUGACUUUCAACUUGAAACAGAAUACGCGUCUCCGGUAGAUAAGGUGCUAAGGUAUUUAUUUGUCGGCCAGACUUUGACUCAGGUCGAAACCUGGCCUAUAUCUGGUGAAAAUAAAAACAAUUUUCCAAAAACGGCCUAACCUGAGUCAUCCUUGUAUUUAUGAUUUCAAUCUGCGGAGAAGAUGAAUAUUGAAAUUUUAACUAAAAUGAAUUAUAUAGAAAGGAGAAAGUUACUUAGUAUAAUAAUAUUAUUUUCGUUAUCAAAAAUUAUUUCUACGAACAAGUAAGUCUACUCGAGCAAUUUAUAUGAAGUUUUACGUAGGUCUUGUCUAUACUGCUACAUAAUUUAAAUAAGUAUAAUUAAAUAUUUAAUUAAAAAGACAUACAAUUGUAAUGAUUUUUAAAACAAUAUAAAUGUGUACAAAACUGCUGCAUCCGCGUUGUGUGUCAAUGUAAAUUUAGCUUUACGCGUGACAAUCUUCGAGCGCAUUUUCUCAAUACGUCCUAAUUCUUAUUCGCAUGGUGUUAAAGUCUAUUUAUUAUUCACCAAAUCGGAGUCUAUAGAAGAAUUGUUAAAUUAAGUAAGUUAUUAUAUGUUGAACCCUAUUCGUUAAGAUGAGUUUACUCUUGCUCUGCAUGCGCCAAAACGACAGAAACUGUGGAAGUUAAAAUCGAACAAUGCUGAAGUGGCAGUGCUGACAGAUGCGCCCUUUUAACUCCGUUGUUUUCUGUCAUACGCAUUAGCGGAGAUUAGUCCGUUUUGGUGGAUAACGAGCCUUAACACAAUACAAACAUAAAGCUAGCAGAAAACCGUGGAACAUCUAUAUAUUAUAGGUAGGAAAUUGUUCAAUAAUGCCUAAUGAACUUUCGCGCUCGACGUUUGUUCUCAACGCUCAUACGCCUCAACCUCGACAAAAGAGAUUACAACAGACUGCUGGCAGUCUUUCCCUAUAUUAGAAUGAUUAAAAAUACCUAUAGAAUUGUUAAAAGUACCACCUAGAACCGCAUAUUCAUUUCUUUUUAAGACUGCAUUUUUGUAAAAGUGGAGGCGAACGGAGCGGUUCUAAUAAAAUACCGUAUACAAUUUAAAUUUACAGACGUUGACGAAAAGUCUACUACUAAAAUUUAAUGGUAAUUUGCAACCGUACAAAAUUAUCAUAAUGCACAGGGCGCAUUCCUACUAUGUCGAGAAGACAAUGUACAGUGUCGUGGAUUGUAUAUUUAAAUGAAGUUGUUCACGUAUUGUACAACACGAUUAAUUGUCGUUCGACUUUUUUGAGGUUACGGGAAGAGCUAGAACGACAGUCGUCCGACAAUAAAUAAAACGACACAAUAAAAAUGUGACGACAGACAAUCGCAGCCACUAACGUCGUCACAUUUAUCGUUGUCUCAUAUUUGCAAAUGACAAGGCGACUGCCGUGAAACGAUACAGUCCACGACUAUAGUCGUGAUAUGUUAAACGCAACAGUAGUCCAACGAUAAAUAUUGGGAACGCGCCCUUACUGUGUACAGAUGUUUAGCAAUGCAGAUUCAAGUGCUAUAUACUCAUACGUUUGGACGGAAUGUACGCAUGGAAAUGUUCCAAGGACCGAGCAGCGUGGAAGUUUCAAGAUUUUAUUUUUUACUAAGAAAUUCCAUUCAUUUACAGUUGAAAUAUCGAACAAAAAAGAUUAAAAUAUUAAAACUAUUCUACAAUAAGUGGGUAGUUGCUUAUUUCGAUGUGAGUUCGUUAAUCAAUCACUAACAUGAAUGGUGGUAUGCAAAAUUAACAAAGAUACAUUGAACGGGCAGAAAUAGAAGCUACAUGCAAGUAGUUUAAUUGGGGCGAGACAUUUGAUACAAUCAAUUAUUAUUUUAUUAUGUUUAUUAUUUAUAAUGAUAAUACUUUUUUGUUUGUUUUCUUUAUUAUAAUUAUAAAGUAUUUAAAGUACUUCCUCCGUGUCGCUAAUACACGCACCAAUACACGUGUAACCCUAUAUUUAUACAACAUCAAUAUCAAGAUUUCAUGUCAACAACACAAAUGUGUUGUUGCUGUCUACGCCCAAGCUUGAGUGUAAAUGCAGCCUUAAAACCGAAGGUCUCAGUCGAGGCAAAGGGGCAAAUACCAUUAGAGAAAUAAUGUCAUUGAGAUGUGGUAUAGAUAAUAUUUAAAUAAUAUCUAAUAAGUCGAUGUAGUCAGUGGUUAAAAGGUAGUUUCGUCGUUACCUAUUUAAAAAAAAGUAAAGAUAAAUUUUUGGACACUUAUUUCACUAGCAACGAGAAUUGAUUCAAAUAUCAAUGGCGGUUUUAGGCCGAUAUUUAAAAAAACUAUUGCUGUUUAUAAAAGUUCUGUUUAGGCGCCUGUUUUUAGUGAAAACAGGACUUUCUGGCUGUUGUGUAAUAUAAUAACUUUGUACUUGUAAGUAUUUUUGUGCAAUGAGACAUAGAACAUGUCUUUUGCUAUCGGUCUUUAACUAACGUUCGCACGAUUGCUAUGCGAACAUGUUUUUAAUAUUUUCUUUACCAAAAUUCAAUAUAUUUUUCUAAAUAUCUAAUUAUAAACCAAAAGACAUGUACUAUAUCCCACAUAAUACCAUAUUAGAAUUCGGGCACGAAUGUUAACUAGAAAAAUCGGUGCAAUAUUAAAAAAAAAUAGAAUGCCAACCCGAGACGUGAAAUGGUAAUUUGGUUAAUUAUGGUGUUGCAACGUGGAUUUCGGGCACUUACUUAAUUUAGCUUGUCAUUCUACCAUUGUCUAUAGCCAUGCAACUUCUUUGUUAUUAUCGUGAAAUUUUAGAGAAAGAAAUGCUUCAUGAUAAUAUUCUGGAAUAUUUAAAUAAUAAAAAUUGCCACCAAUAUUAGAUAGAAAAAACUAUCCUGAAAAUUACCCAUCCCGACUUUUUCUUAUGGUAAUUUUAUAUACCCUAGAUUGGGGGACAAUUUUGCCAGUCGCCAAAGCCAAUAGAGUUAAUAACAUGGACGAAAUUUUGGGAGGAUGCUUUAACUUCAAUUACAGUUACCAACGAGCUCUUUACUCAACUAUUUUUGAGCUUUGCGAGCUUAAUGUUGAGAUAUAUUAGGAAAAAAAAAACAACCGACCGAAAAAAAAUUGCGUAGUCUACCUGAUGAUAAUGUUCUAGGGAAACAAAAUCAAAGAGGUAACAUUGCUAUAAACAUAAAUAAUGAAUAAUUAUUAUGUGGUUAUCGGUCGUGGCUUUAUAAACGGGUAGUAGGGAUUUUUUUUUAUUAACACGGGCAAGGGUUGCAGUAUACAGAUAAUUAGUAGUUCAAGUUAAAAUUCAAACGCCAUUAGACUUCAAAUAGUACAAC